AACCUGAAAACCUGCAGUUUGUUUGUUGAAUCCUGAUGAAGACUAGAGGAGCUCAGACGGUAAAAAUGAAGGAAAUUUGUGGAUUUUUUAAAAUUAAUUUUCAGCCGUUUUUCAUCUAAAAACUCAAACUUUAAGUGGAACAGAUGAAAAACAAUCCUCAGUGUCUGGAGGCUCCAAGAUGAUCUGAUGAAGAUCUUUUCUCCUGAUGAAGAUCGUUUCUCCUCUGGUUUGUGGUCCAACAGACAGCAGGAAUCCUCUGGUUUUGUUUCGGACAUUUUACGAGCCGAUCGGAGCCUCAGAGACACAAAGAGGACGACGCUUUUUCUGCUUUAUGGUUCCUUCUGCAGGCGGAGCCACAAACAAAGAAGCAGAUUUACAGCCUGCUGCACUGCGGCAGAAAACCUCAAACAAAGAGACCAGAGAAGACCAGAACCUCAGAGGAACCAGGAGAACCUCAGUGGAACCAGGAGAACCGCAGUGGAACCAGAAGAACCUCAGUGGAACCAGGAGAACGUCAGAGGAACCAGGAGAACCUCAGAGGGACCAGGAGAACCUCAGAGAAAUAGGAGGGUCCAGAUCCUCAGAGGAACCAGAAGAACCUCAGUGGAACCAGAAGAACGUCAGAGGAACCAGGAGGGUCCAGAUCCUCAGACGAACCAGAAGAACCUCAGUGGAACCAGGAGAACGUCAGAGGAACCAGGAGGGUCCAGAUCCUCAGAAGAACCAGGAGAACCUCAGAGGAACCAGGAGAACCUCAGAGGAACCAGGAGAACCUCAGAGGAACCAGGAGAACCUCAGAGGAACCAGGAGAAUCUCAGAGGAACCAGGAGAACCUCAGAGGAACCAGGAGAACCUCAGAGGAACCAGGAGAACCUCAGAGGAACCAGGAGAACCUCAGAGGAACCAGGAGAACCUCAGAGGAACCAGGAGAACCUCAGAGGAACCAGGAGAAUCUCAGAGGAACCAGGAGAACCUCAGAGGAAUCAGGAGGGUCCAGAUCCUGCAGCAACAAACAGCUGAACUCUGGUUGUCCUCGGUGCGGCCCCCAGCGGCCCCCGGCUGUCCAGCAGGACUGCUGAACUGGUGAAGCAGCGGUCAGCACCGGGCUGACCCCGCAGCGACCCACCGCAGCUAGGAGAUGUCCA